ACCAUCCAGCGGCGCGUCCCUGUUGGCCGACCGGCGAGCUGCAUGGCGCUCCGACCGCCCACAGUUCACCCGAGAUGUCUACUGCCUUGCUGCCCGCCCACGGCAGCACAAACUAUACUACUGUUGAUAACUAUAGCACCCUCACGCAUUGGAUUCUGGCACCUGCCCCACGCGAGUACUCUCGUUUGAUAACGGCCCCUUGAACGUGCAACAACGUCUCUGCCUGCUUGAAUCCAUCUUAUAUCUUGGUCAGUAGCAGCAGCUGCGUGGCAUUUACGACUGGUAUGGCGGACCGGCGGCCACCACGCCAGACAGCACUGCGCGCGAACGAUGCGUUCGUCGCGGCAGCCAGUUCGGACGACGAAGGAGGUCGGCAAACGAGGAGCCGGCGCACUGGACCUCGCGUGGACCUCGGAAAAUUAGAUACAAUGUCGCUGCUGCGGUAUCGUAAAGUCUACAAACUUGGGGAUGCUCCAGCUACCGCAACCAAGGAGGACCUACUGCCUGCGGUGUCCCGGCACUUCGCGCAGCAGGUAGUGGAUGAGGAGGAGGUGCUGCUUAAGUUCGUGCUGGCGGUGCAGAAGCACAACAAGCAAAUGCAGCAGCGGCAACUGAACGCCGCGCUGCAGAAGCAGCAGCUCACGGUCGCGCAGAUGCAGCAGAUGCAAAUACAGAUGCAGCAGCACGCGCAGUACCAGAUUCAACGGCUGGGGGCGCUGCCACCGCAGGCCGCACUGCAGCCGCAGUACCUCAAAGGCGCCGUCAUGAAGCCGCAGCAGCAGCGGCGAUGACCUACCAUGGGACUGAUGGAGACUGGAGUAAAGGAGGCUGAUAACUACUUGUGUCAGCGCUGGUGUGCGUGUCAGACGGAAUCCCACACCAGUGCAACCGUGAACGUGGGCCUGGAAAGGGGAACUGGCGUGGAAGUCUCGAGCGGGAGUUCAGGUGUGGCAUUACGCAGCGCCCGGAGGGGGACAUUGGGCUGAUUGUCAAGCUGUCGAUUAGGGUCUGGGUGGCGCGAUUGGGUGACUGCUCCUCGCCAUAGCUUAUGCGUACCCGGAGGCCAAUUCACGGAGCUUGGGUAUGGUGCACCGUCCGGAAUAGUCCAGUUUAGUGCAAGAGGGGGCGUUUUUCGUGUUAUGUUUCUUAUGCUGUCCGACGGCGCAUGCGCAUUGCUGUAGGGAUCAGUCAGCGGCAAAGGGGUGAGGUUCUGAUGGUCAUUUCAUGACAAGUUCAAGAACUGGACCCCAUGUGCUAUUCACUGGUUCGAUGCCGCCAGGCGUGUGUGCCCUUGAUGGAGCUUGCGCUGUGCAUACUCAUGCUUGAUGCUCAGCUAUUGAGAUGAAUGGUCAUUUGUUUUAUACAUGCUUGGCGGGCAAGCAUCAGGUACAGGAGUGCAUGCACCUCAGGUUCGGGGUUAACACAUGCUCGUGUAUUGCGCCUGGAUUGGAUGGGUCGGCUGGACAGUGACAGUCAGCUGACGUGGGUGGGCUUUAUUACGCCGCAGCCAUUUUGCCCUGUAAACAUUGGGGCAG